AUGUUUGAUAUUGCAAUCGAUGUUAAUCGUUAUUCGGAAUUUUUACCUUGGUGUAAUCGAUCCAUUGUAUUGGAACAAGGCGAAAAUAACAUGUUAGCCCGUUUGGGUGUUGGAUUUCCUCCACUUAGUGAAUCAUAUUUAUCUCGAAUAACAUUUCAACGACCUAAUCAUUUAAAGUCGGUUGCACAAAAUGCUCAAAUGUUUCAUCAUUUAAUUAAUGAAUGGCAUUUUCAACCAGGUCUUCCUGAUAAUCCAAAUUCUUGUUUUUUAGAAUUCUCUGUUGAUUUCGAGUUUCGUUCACCGCUUUAUGCAAAAAUUGCUGGAUUAUUCUUUGAUCAAGUUGUCACAGUUAUGGUGAAUGCAUUUUUGGAUCGUGCUAAAGUACUACACGGCAAACCAUCGAUUGCUUCACAAAAGCCAAAAAUACUAGUCUAUAAUAAAUAGAUCAAUAAUUUAAUCAGUCAAUCAAUCAAUAAAUAAAUCAGUGACUGUGUGUGUGCGUGUGCGUGUGUAUAUGUGUGUAAUUAUGUAAUCUAUCAAACAAACCUUUCAUAUAACAUAAAUU